AAAGAACGUUGUAAACACACGGCAGUAGCCCGGCAAGAAGAUGGAAGCGGAAGGAGAAGAAUCAAAGGACAGUUCCUCCCAGCCCCAGCCUUGCUGUGCCUUCCUCCCUGAUAGCAACAAGAAGUCCCGCUGCAGUGUCUUGAGGCCAACCCGACCAACGGGCCUAGUGAAACCUAAGUGCGCAUCCACUAGCCUGCCUUAUCGCGACAGCGCCUCCCUCUCUACAUAGAUGGAGGGCCAGGCCUCGUACAUUCUCCCAACGGAAACAAAAUAUCAAGGGGAAAUGAAAGAUGGAAUGUUUCACGGCAAAGGAACCUUGUAUUUUCCUAAUGGGAGCCAAUAUGAUGCCACAUGGGAAAAGGGAAGAAUCAUAAAGGGGAAAUACACCUUUGCUGAUGGCCUAAAAUACAAGGAAAAUAAAUGGCAUUACUGUGAUGGCUAUGACAGAAGAUUUUACACUGAAAUCUGUGAAGGCCUGAAGCCUGCAGGUAUUUCUCAGCUCACCAACAUAGAUCCACCUCGAAAAAUUCCUGAUGGUUGUUACGACUGUGGAGAUGGGUUCUAUGACCCAAAAGUGAGGGUGAUCAGAGACUACAAAAAGCGGUUCCUGAGAAAUGCAGAUGAUGAUGAACACGAAUGGAUCAUCCGGACCUGUCGGAAAGGCUGGGAUGAGUUUAUUGGCCAUAAGGCUAAGCUCUGAUCAGCCUUACUACUUCUGGGAUCGAUGGAUACAGUUCUUGAGGUUGACUAUCUCUCUAGAAGGAAAUAUUGACGGUUUCGUUGUUUGCCUGUUUUAAGUAGAAAUAAAGACCUUUGGGAUUCACUGCA